GAUUCACCCCAAUUCCGUUUUUCAAAUUCGCAAGCCACCCACAUAUCUCAGUCGUCAACGUACUAUCCAACUGCUCAGCCUCGAAUUGAAAUAGAAAAGGUGAAAAGUUUCCUCCCAUCCUAGAUUCUGCCUCAGCACGUGUCCAACCGAUAGCCAAAAUGUCAGGUCUCGAUGUGGAAGCCCUGCUCGAUUCUACUGCCAACGGCAUAGCCACUGAAGCGUCCGAAACUCCCAAGAGCCUCGACCGGGAUGAACGAGAUGAGCGCGAUGACCGUAAUAAGAACGAUAAGUCAGACCGACGAGACCGCGAUCGAUAUCGUGAUGACAGCCGUGAGCGUGAGCGCCGUCGACGGGAUCGCAGUCGGGAUCGAUCAAAGAGAGAUCGAGAUGCCGAUUUGAUGGAUGAUGUUAGGAGCCCAAGGAGCGACCGCGGUAGCGCUAAUGGCAGCCUUAGGGGAAAGAGAAGAAGCCGAAGUCGGGACAGCGACCGACGUGCUUCGCGCCGCGAUCGUCAUCGCGACUCCGCAGAUCCCGAGGAUUCAUACCGCUCUGGAGGCGACUACUAUCGUGGUGGAGGUCGACACCGGACCCGAUCUCGGUCUCCUGAUGGAGACAGAUACUACCGACCUGGUGGACGGAGUAGACGCGAACGUGAGGAUCGCGAUGACCGCUAUCGUGGAGGCCGGGGUCGAGGCCGACGUCGUUCGCCAAGCCCCCGGGGAGGUCGAACUAGGACUACCUCUCCCCAACUUACUGAAGAUGAGCGUGAUCGCAGGACCGUCUUCGUACAGCAACUGGCUGCCCGUUUAAGAACGAAGGAAUUGAUUGCCUUUUUCGAAAAAGUCGGCCCUGUCAAAGAAGCGCAGAUUGUCAAGGACAGAGUCAGUGGCAGAUCCAAGGGUGUUGGAUAUGUGGAGUUUAAAGCAGAGGAAUCCGUGCCGCUUGCCAUCCAGCUCACUGGUCAAAAGCUUUUAGGCAUUCCCAUCAUUGCACAGCUUACCGAAGCCGAGAAGAACCGUCAAGCCCGCAAUACCGAAGGCAACUCUCAUCAUCCCAACUCUAUUCCGUUUCACAGGUUGUAUGUCGGCAAUAUUCAUUUCAGUAUCACUGAAAGCGAUCUACAGAAUGUUUUUGAGCCCUUUGGCGAGCUCGAGUUUGUCCAACUACAAAAGGAUGAAACCGGGCGGAGCAGAGGCUAUGGUUUUGUGCAAUUCCGUGACCCUGGUCAAGCUCGUGAGGCCCUAGAAAAAAUGAAUGGCUUUGACCUUGCAGGUCGUCCGAUCCGUGUUGGGCUUGGCAACGACAAAUUCACUCCCGAGUCUACGGCAAACCUCCUUCAACGAUUUCAAGGCCAGGGCUCUUCGUUCUCUGGCUCUGGCGGACGGGGUGCGCAUGCUGGCGGUUCUGGUGGAAACUUUGACCGUGCAGGCGGCCGUGAAGAGAAAGGUGCCAGUGGCGCUAGUGCAUUAGACGAUACUGACGUUGCCGGUGUGAACUUCAACAACUUCAGCAGAGAUGCUCUUAUGAGGAAGCUUGCUCGUACCGAUGAGCCUGCUGAUACGAAUGCUGCUGAUGAGAGAACAAAGAUCAUCAAACCCAAGACGGAGACCAAGCCUUUACCAGUCAAUGUCAGCAUGGCCAGCCGAUGCGUUGUGCUACGCAACAUGUUCGAUCCGUCCGAAGAGGAGGGCGAGAUUUGGAUCAAAGAACUUGAAGACGAUGUUCGGGCCGAAUGCGAGGAGAAGUACGGACAUGUCGUUCACAUCUCCUUGGACCCCAAUUCUCAAGGCGAUAUCUAUUUGAAAUUUGACCGUGUCCAGGGAGGCGAGAACGCCAUUAUGGGCCUCAACGGCAGAUUUUUUGGCGGCAGGCAGAUCACCGCCACGCCCGUUGUUGACGCCGUCUACAGCUCGCUUUUCAGCCGCACAAAAGCCAUCUGAAGAAGAAAAAGCUAACCGUGAUGCCAUAUUUUGUCUUUUAGAACCAGUUUGUAGGUCGAGAUUUGUCAUGUCGUUUGCCCUUCUUUCUACCAAGCUACAUAGGGUGUUCUUCCGCCGCAUCGAAGUUUUGCUUUCCAACCCAACCAUUGUGUGCAAUAUCUACUCUUCGCUAUAGGAUAGCAAAUUUAAAAGAUUUCUUCUGAUAG